GCCCAGAGCCCAAGGAGGAGGCCGAAAGCAGAGGAGAUAACCCCUGCUGACGAACGGGGAAAGCAGGGGACGCCGAAGACAUAGAUGAAGAAGGUGAACUGGAAGGAAAAUGGUGGAGAUAUUGACAAGGAGGCCGAAACACCUACAGAAAAUGACAACCAUGGCUAAAUAGGCAGUUGAGGGAAAAGCUAAGCUUGGAAAAUCCCUGUGGCCUCUCUCUGUACUCUCCACGUCCUGUCCUAGAAUGCGGCUACGUGCUCUUCCGCACAGAGGCCAACUGGCCCUACGCUGGCAACGCCCGCCCCUCGUGGCUCCCACCGCCUGCCCAGCGAGAUGACUUUUCAACAAAGUUUGAAGAAAAAAAAACCAAAGCGUUCAAGGUAUAUGUCUCGAGUCCACGGUAUGCAUCCAAAAGAGACCACGCGUCAGCUGAGCUUAGCUGUGAAAGAUGGUCUUAUUGUCGAGACGCUAACAGUGGGCUGCAAAGGCUCUAAAGCUGGUAUUGAGCAAGAAGGAUAUUGGUUGCCAGGAGAUGAGAUUGCCUACAGUACGCAGCCUUUCUCCAGGACAGCAACCCCAAACAAGGACUGGGAAACAGAAAAUCAUGACUGGUAUUGUUUUGAAUGCCAUUUGCCUGGAGAGGUGUUGAUAUGUGACCUGUGUUUUCGUGUGUAUCAUUCCAAGUGUUUGUCUGAUGAGUUCAGGCUUAGAGACAGCAGUAGUCACUGGCAGUGCCCAGUUUGCAGGAGCAUUAAGAAAAAAAAUACCAACAAACAGGAGAUGGGCACAUACCUGAGGUUCAUUGUCUCCCGCAUGAAGGAGAGGGCCAUUGAUCUUAAUAAAAAGGGGAAGGACAAUAAACAUCCAAUGUAUAGGAGACUGGUACAUUCAGCUGUUGACGUGCCCACCAUUCAGGAGAAAGUGAAUGAAGGGAAGUACCGAAGUUAUGAAGAGUUCAAAGCUGAUGCUCAACUACUUCUCCACAACACAGUGAUAUUCUAUGGAGCAGACAGUGAGCAAGCUGACAUUGCAAGGAUGCUAUAUAAAGACACAUGUCAUGAGCUUGAUGAACUACAGCUUUGCAAGAACUGCUUCUAUUUGUCAAAUGCACGUCCUGACAAUUGGUUUUGCUAUCCUUGUAUACCUAAUCAUGAGCUGGUUUGGGCUAAAAUGAAAGGUUUUGGAUUUUGGCCAGCCAAAGUCAUGCAAAAAGAGGACAAUCAAGUUGAUGUUCGCUUCUUUGGCCAUCACCACCAGAGAGCCUGGAUUCCUUCUGAAAACAUUCAAGACAUCACAGUCAACAUUCAUCGGCUGCAUGUGAAGCGCAGCAUGGGCUGGAAAAAGGCCUGUGAUGAGCUGGAGCUGCACCAGCGCUUCCUUCGUGAAGGGAGAUUUUGGAAAUCUAAGAACGAGGACCGAGGCGAGGAGGAGGCAGAAUCCAGCAUCUCCUCCACCAGCAACGAGCAACUGAAGGUCACCCAAGAACCAAGAGCAAAGAAAGGACGACGUAAUCAAAGUGUGGAACCCAAAAAGGAAGAACCAGAGCCUGAAACUGAAGCUGUAAGUUCUAGCCAGGAAAUUCCUACAAUGCCUCAGCCAAUCGAAAAAGUAUCGGUGUCAACUCAGACCAAGAAGUUAAGUGCCUCUUCACCAAGGAUGCUGCAUCGAAGCACCCAGACCAGCAGUGAUGGCAUCUGUCAGAGCAUGUGCCAUGACAAGUACACCAAAAUUUUCAAUGACUUUAAAGACCGAAUGAAAUCUGACCACAAACGAGAAACUGAGCGAGUUGUCCGAGAAGCUCUAGAAAAGCUACGUUCUGAAAUGGAAGAAGAAAAAAGACAAGCUGUAAAUAAAGCAGUAGCCAACAUGCAGGGUGAAAUGGACAGAAAAUGUAAGCAAGUAAAAGAAAAGUGUAAAGAAGAAUUUGUAGAAGAAAUCAAGAAGCUAGCAACACAGCACAAACAACUCAUUUCUCAGACCAAGAAAAAGCAGUGGUGCUACAACUGUGAAGAGGAGGCCAUGUACCACUGCUGCUGGAACACGUCCUACUGCUCCAUCAAGUGCCAGCAGGAGCACUGGCAUGCGGAACACAAGCGCACCUGUCGCCGGAAAAGAUGAAGCCGGUCCUCCCAGGAGAGCCACCCCAACCAUUACUCUUCUCAGACAAAGCGGUUUUUGUUUCCAAGAAGCCAAAAUUGUUUCGAAUUUGCUUCCCAUUUUGCACCAGCCUUUAAACACUUUUCGUGAAGAAAUUUUGCACAGUAGUUUCAAUGUUCUGUUAAUGCUCCUCCAGAGUUUUUCAAGGGGGCAAAAGUAACAUCAGUGGAGGGUAUUAUUUUAAAUAAAUUUUAAUUGAGAAUUUGUUGCAUUUUCAGCAAAUUUUAAAACAUUUUUAGGUUUUACAGAGAUUUUAACCUUUAAACAGCAGAUCUUAAAAAAAAAACAGGUGAAUACAAGUGAGUUUAACAAAGAAGCAUUUAGAAUAGAUCUGAAUGUAAGAACUACAGAACUGUUUCAGAAAUAAAACAUACUACCUUGAUGUGACAUUGA